UUCUGUCAUCUCGUCUUCGCGCUUAUACAGGAAAACGUUCCCAGGUCUGCCUGUGUGAAUCACGACUCCUUAUCCUCAUCCUCCUCCUCCUGCUCCUCUUAACGCCUUAUUCAUGGGGGCGUUUUCUCUGACAUCGUAAAGCGCUUCUCCAAGAAUUAUUACCGAUUAGUUGUGUGCGAGUGUUUUGGUGUAAUUGUAAAGUAGUUGGGUGCUGAAGGAAGAUGGCACUGAAACUCAAUUUUCCUACAGCCCGUGCUUCUUCAUCCAAGGAUAUAGAUGGGAAAUUUUGGAACCAUAUAUUUCCAAACUCGUCUUCUGACAAGGGCAAGGAAAAUGAGCAACACUCUUUUUAGUAAUAUGGGUUACAUUUGAGAUAGGUGGCAUUAAUAUGUUCUUUUUAUUUUUCGUUCUCUCGUUCUUCUCUUGUUUAUUAAAUUGAAAUAUAGGAAUUCGAAGAGAAAUAUAUGAUGAUUGUUAUGCCAACUGAUUGCUGCACAAAAUACAAUUGUUGGGUAGUUUGGUGGAAUUGUCUCAAUGGAUUGUCUGUGAUUUGUGAUAGCUGUGUUCCAGUUCUAGUUGGUCAGAUGGGAUUUUGUUCAACUUUUUGGCCUUCGUUUGCUUUUUUAUGGGGUCAAAAAUAAAUGAAAUAAAAAGGCUUUUGUUCUCGAUUUUGUACACUUCCUUUGCUUACUGCCUUGUCCAAAGGAAUGACAAGAGAUUGCAUUGAAAUGCCACCUCCCUGGAUGGCAAACCCCCCGACUUUUGUACACUUCUGUUUUUGCAUAAAUUUUCUCCGCGCUUAUUCAAUCAUUAGUAAUGUAAUUGUUUGAAUAAAAGAAACUGCUACGGAACUGCCUUAUUCCUAUACCUCUAGUGAAGUCUAUUUGACAUACAAAUCUGGAUUUUAGCUGUGAUACACUACAUGUUUCAUAUCAAGAAGUUUCUUCUUUCUGUAGCAGGGAUUUUUACCAUGCAUUCAGAUGGAAAACUACAUUGUAAGUGUCAAACCAAAAGGGAUGUGUAAAUUUACCCAGCCCCAUAUAUUGUGUGCAAUGAAUAUGACUGCAGGACGGUCAGAUGAAUCUGGGAAGCUGAAAUUUGACCACAUUGUUCACAAGGCUAAACAACUCUGGGAUGGUUCUCCUCAGCCUGUCAAGAGUUUCCCUUGGAAUAGAGCAUUUGACAAUUUCAUUCAACUCAUUCUUGACACUGCCUUGGUGGUUAUCAAAUACUUGUCUCUACCCGUAUUUGCUGUUUCUUGCCUUAGCGAAAUGUCCUACUGUGCACAUGAGAGGAAACUAUAUUUCGUCCCACUUCCAUUUCUUGUUGGCGCUGCUGUUGCUGGGAUCUUGAGAACAGCAGCACUGGAGUCAUCUCCAUCUCUUAAGAAUGCAGAAGUCCCCUGGCAUCUCAUUGCGGUUGCUAUAUUUUUCACACUGAUCAAGUGGCCAGGGCCUUACUAUCCAUACUGGGGACGUCUUCUAAUUCCACAUUUUGCAAAUGGUGCAUUGUUGAGGACUCUGUGGUUUGCAUUUUUAUGGUAUAGAAGACCAAAGAAGUCAUCAGAAACUACAGUGGGUGCAUCCACGGCUAGUACAGAAGACACCGUCUGAUAUGUUGAAAGGACAUUUGACAGUUUUGCUUCCUUUUGCAAAUUAUGUUGAGCAUUCAGAGGAAGGAACUUCAGCUUAUCAACUCAAGAACAAUAAGACGUUUCUGGUUUUGGCUCAAAUUUUUGAACUUACCACAUGCUUUUGGUCAAAUUUGUUUGGGUGAAGCUACAAUGGACUCUGGACAUUUUUGUGAUUUGAAGCAUUUUGGCUGAUAUGACAAAUGGUCAGGCUUUCACAGUUUAGCUGUUCAAUGGGUGUUUGGCGCUUAAGCCCCUGUAAGGAAGCUGGUCCUCUUCAACAGCCAAAACCCAGCACCACAACCCCUAGAAUUUUAGGCUUCAAUUUGGGACGGUUGUCAAUUUAUACCACAUCUAGUGCGCUGAACUGGGAAAAAAAAUUUUGGGGCAAUGUCAAGAUUAGUUAGUAAAACUUCUGUUUACAACUUGGCUUACUCUUGUUACUAAACAUGAUUUUGGGUUGCAGUGGUUUUGGUUUCCGAAACUGAGCUGCGACAGACCUUUAAGAAUCAAUAAUGAGUCUGCAUUAAAUUCCCUUCGUUUCA